UUUCCGUGUGUCUUAUCCCAUCGCAGGCGCCCAAGCUGGCUGAAAGAUACUGCAUUUGCCACCUGGCAACAGGUGACAUGCUGAGGGCCAUGGUGGCAUCUGGAUCGGAACUGGGCAAACGGCUGAAGGAGACCAUGGAUGCCGGGAAGCUGGUGAGUGAUGAGAUGGUGGUAGAGCUGAUAGAGAAUAACUUAGACACCCCUCCCUGCAAGAACGGCUUCCUGCUGGAUGGCUUCCCUCGCACUGUGCGGCAGGCAGAGAUGCUGGAUGAUCUCUUGGAGAAAAGGAGAGAGAAGCUGGACUCUGUGGUUGAAUUCAGCAUUGCUGACUCCUUGCUUAUCCGGAGAAUCACUGGCCGACUGAUUCAUUCAGCAAGUGGCCGCUCUUACCACGAGGAGUUCAACCCCCCGAAAGAACACAUGAAGGACGAUGUCACUGGGGAGCCCUUAAUCCGCCGUUCCGAUGAUAACGAAGCAGCUCUGAAGACUCGGCUGAAGGCCUACCACACGCAGACCACCCCGCUGAUCAACUACUACACCCGCCGUGGGAUCCACACGGCCAUCGACGCCUCCCAGACUCCUGACGUGGUGUUUGCCAGUAUCCUGGCAGCCUUCUCAAGAGCAACAUGUAAAGACCUGAUUAUGUUUGUGUAGAGCUCUUGGUUUGUGCAGAGCUCUCUCUCCUCUCUCUGUCUCUGUCUCUAUCUGCUGGGGUCAGGGGUCUAGUCACUAGAGAGUGAAAGAAGGGGGUGAUCCUGCAGCCUGAGAGUAGACUGCGCCCAUUAAACAAGCACUUGACAGUCUGUGUGAGCACAGUGGUGUCUGUAAGCAUGCAUUGCCUCUAGAGGGCACAGUGAGCUAACACACCCGCCUGUCGCUGCUACGACAUGUUGGCCUCUGUUCGGGCUGAAAGAGAAUUCUAGUUUUGUUCACGAGACAAAGUUAAUUGGAAAACAGCUGCACUUCUCACUGCUAAGCGGGGGACUCGGGAGCCUCGCAGGAGGACUGGCAGUCGGGGUUGAGGCAUGUGAAGGAAGCUUACAAAAUGUCAGGCUGGUGUCGCUGUCUGUCCACUACUGCAGAUAAAAUGUUUUGUCUGCUCACGGGGGCGGGGGGGGAGCCCACAUGUUGCAGGGGAGAGAAUGGGUGAAUCUAGUGGGAGUGUAGUGACUGACUGCAUGUGUGUGAGCCCACGUGGGUUAUCUGUUUAGGGGGGAUCAGGUGAAUCCAGCGGGAAUGUAGUGACUGACUGUGCGUGGGCACGCAUGCGUGUGUAAGGCUUACUAUUAUUCCAUUCCAUGUAAGCAGAUGCUUGUGCCCCCUUAUCCUUGUCCUCUUUUGUCUUGUGUGAGCAGAGCUCUCACCUUUACAUCUACUUAUAACUGACUGUGACCUCCAGUAGAGAGAGUUCAUGGGGAAGGAAGGGGCAUGUAGGCAAUGAGAGGGGUUGAGCUGGGAUAUCAAUUCUUUUUCCUUGUUCCCAACGUCUGAACCUCUAGAGCUUGGUGUACACACAAGUGAUUCCUCAAGGACUCUGAGAUAAAGCUAUAACUGACACUUUAAGUGUCCUUGAGCUCCUCUCCAGCCUGACCUGCUGUGUGUUAGCAUGGAAAUGUACUUGAGUUUCUCAACCCAGGCUAAAAGCGUGACUGAAUCCUGCACUGCUGGGUGUUUGUUUAAUCCCAGAGCUUACUUUAUCACGUUUUGGUGCUGCAGUAAAAAAUGAGGCUGGUAAGAAAGUAAUGAACCCUGUCCUGUGCAGGAAUCCAGCUGUAGCUAAAGGAUCCUAUUGUCAAUGCCAGUUGGCUGGCCUUGAUAAAACUUGGCCUUUGACCUACAGUUGGUUUUGCUCGCUCGUUAUUUGACUUUCUCUUGCAUAGGGCAGGGGUGGGCAAAACAUGGCCUGUCACGCCAUUCUAUCUGGCCUGUGGGGCCUCCCCAGAAUUUAGAAAAUGAAUAUUAAUCUGCCCCCGGCUGCCUGUUAUGCGGCCCUUGAUGGCUUGCCAAAACUCAGUAAGCGGCCCUCUGCUCGAAAUAAUUGCCAGCCCCUGGCAAAGGGGAUACGGACUCUCUCCUUUCGGUGGCUGCUGUAGGGUAUGACAUGUUCAGCCAGAGGGCGUGCUGCCCUCCUUUUUCAUGACUUCAUUUAAUCUGAAAACCACUCAAUUCCUGAACAUCAUCCCUUCUCAAGAAGUGCAGCUCUCCCCCCACUAUCGAGACUGCUCUAAAUAGCCCCAGAAAUUGAAAGCAGUCUCGUCACUGCUGAUUUGUGAAAGCAUGUGACUGUGCGGAAAGGGGCUCAGAAGGAAACACAGCAAUUUUAGAAUUCGCUGGCAGUUGUCCCCUGAUUUAGCUUCUUUGACUUCUAGUGUUGUAUAGGUCAUUUCCUCUUGCUGUUGCCGCAAGGGUGACCUUGAGGGGGUGGUACUGCUGGCAGGCUUCUGGGCACAAAUGUUUUGAGGGGGUGGUGGUGGGAGACAGGUCACCAGUUAGUCUAGGACAGCAAAUGUUCAGGGAGUAGGCAGUAAUAGAUGGGUGUGUCUGAAGCCACUCUCGUGCAUUUUGCUUGCCUAGAGAAAAGUCUCUCCUAUCAGAGCAGCUUUUUAUCCCAACUCCUGCUUUUGAAUCUCUAGAGAUAAAGGGGGCACUGGAAGCAAUAAAGUCAUGGAAGAGAGGGUUGUUUUUUUUUUUCCAAGAAGUCAUCCUGGAUGCGGGAGAAGCUUGAUUUUCCCCAUGAGAACAGCAUGUUCCCCUGCAUUCGGUCUGAGUGGCGGCCAUAUCGGCCCCGUUCCACCAUACAUCAUAAUUCAUUUGGUGUUUUUUUUCUCCUUAAAUCUAUGUUUCUUUUUUUUUUUUUUUUUUUUUUUUUUUCU